CCCCAAUUUCUACUGUUCCCUCUCUUCUUCGGUCUCCCCCUGGCCCUGCCGUUAUUUCCUCCGGUUCGUCUUUGACCUCCCCAGAUUUCGCCCGUGUUCCUUCGCUAUUAUCAGGGCGAGACCGCGAGAGAGAUAUCCAAAAAGCGAGAAUGGGGUUCCUAGAAAUGGAGCCGAUAUUUGGGCAGCUCAAGGCGGAGUGGUCAGCUCCACACACAAACCCCCUGCGCCCUUUCCUCUUACAUGUCCAUGGCCUGCCAACUGACCCUCCGGCACUCCGAUUCCACGUCACUGAUUUCCAUUCCAACACAUGGGAAGCUCUCAAGACCGAGCAAGACCUCGAAGACAUGAGGGACGUGACGGGCAUAGGGGGCUCAUGGUCUGACUUCUUAGAAUAUGUUUUAGCUUCCAUAAAAUCCGAUGAUGUAAAGCUUGUUCUGGAGGGAGAUUCCGUGGAUGCUGCUCGUGCAAAAUUAGUUGCUCAGAAAGCAAAGGGAAUGCCCCGUAUCACUAUAUUACUCAGUAAACUGGUGGAUGCUGCUGCAAGUGAGGCUGUGGCUAAUAUUUCUCUGGAGCUCUAUAAAUCAUUGAAGAAUGUGCAGAAUUUAUUGAUAAGUGAGCAAGAGCGGUGUUGUCACUUAAGUAAAGCUAUAUCAGUGGAGCAGGAAAAGAAUGAAACCAUCCAGAAGCAACUGGAUGGAUUUCUGUACCCAAAAAGACAGAAAUUGACUAAGGUUACUGACAAAUCAAAAUCAGAUCCUGCAUCUAUUAUGGACUCACAAAAUUCUCCAGAUGGUAAAGCAGCACAACAGCCCUCUACCAAAGUCAUUAACCGUGUUGUGCCAACUCGUCGCAGGGCCAAAGUCAGAGGAGUUCUUUUGCAAGACACUGAAGAUGAUGCACAAAAUUAGGAAUCAUUUGCCAUUUAUUUCCAUGAUCAGAAGAGAAUAUUUCAAGAUAGCUUUUACCUUGUCUAUUCCCAGAGUAAUAUGGAACAUAACUGCACAAGUGAAAGAAAUUCUGAAGUUGCAAAGUUGUUUAGAAACACUUUGUUAGGCUCAGCAAAUUAGUAAUUAUAUAUGCUGUUACAUAUGGGUUUGUCUGCAUUUGAAGAGAAAAAAGUUGUUUGGACUAUGUAUUUCUAGUUUCAAUUCUUUACCUAUAUAUAGAUAUUUCUUCUGUAUAUGCAUGGGACCAUAAAUUAAUCAAUGAAUCUUAUUUUUGUACAG